AUGAAGCGCAAGCAGUGUGACGACUCGCAGCUCCAAGCGCUGCGGCUGAAGGCCUCCGAGAUCAUCGCCUCGGCGCACGAAUUCAACGGGGAGGGCAAGGCCAAGUACAAAAAGGUGGUCAAGGACUUCAUUGAUGCCGGCGGGGCGACAGAUGAUCUCAUCGUCAGGAUCGGCACGCACUUCUUCGGGUGUCCAGUGGGCAAGUCAAGCCAGGGCCCUCUGGAGGACAGCCCGGUGGAAGGGUCAAGGAGACUAGACUUUGACUAUCUGGAGAAGUUCAUGGCAGAGUGCUUCAUGGCCUCCGGCACCCCAGAGAAGGAGUCGAAGGUGUGCGCCAAUGUGCUGAUCGAAGCUGACAAGCGAGGGAUCGACAGCCAUGGCAUCGGCAGAUUGAAGUCCAUCUACAUGGACAGGAUCAAGAGCGGCAUACUGAAGCCUUUCGCACCCAUUGACAUCAUCAAGGAGACAGAAACUACUGCCUUGAUAGAUGCCAACAUGGGCAUUGGUCUCUACGUCGGCCCCCACUGCAUGGACAUGGCAAUCACGAAGGCCAAAAAAUACGGCCUUGGCUUCGUGGCCGUCCGCAAUUCGACCCACUACGGAAUCGCCGGAUACUACGCCACCAUGGCCAGCUCAAAGGGCUGCAUCGGCUUCUGCGGCACCAACGCGCGGCCCUCCAUCGCGCCGACCUUCGGAGUGGAGCCGUGUCUGGGAACCAACCCUCUCUGCUUUGGGAUCCCAACAGACGAGGCCUUUCCCUUCGUGAUUGACUGUGCUACUUCCAUCUGCCAGCGCGGCAAGAUAGAGAAGUACGCGCGAAGUGGCAAGCCCACUCCAAAAGGCAUGGUCGUCGACUCCAGUGGAGAGGAGCGGACGGACACCGAUGGCAUUCUCAAAGGCAUGGUGAAGGGCGACUGCGCCCUGUGCCCCAUUGGAGGUGGUGGCGACGAGCUGGGCGGCUACAAAGGCUACUCCUGGGCCACGGUCGUAGAGCUCCUCAGCAUCGCCUUCCAGGAGCUCUGCUCUUCAGGGUCUGGUCUUGUAAGGUUUAGGGUUUUAGGGUUUUAG